AUGGAUGCUCUAAAAUUAGAAAUAUACAAAAGGGAAAAUUAGUAUUUAAGAAAAUUAAGAGCCUAUAUUAUAGAGUCUGGUUUAGCAAAGGUUUUAUCUGAAAGAAAAUUAAUUUUAAUUUGGAGAUUAUUUGAAAAAUCAUAUAUAAUUUAAACUAAAAAAAGAAGAGCUACAAUACUUACUUGUUUUUUUAAAGAUUUAAGAGUGUUUACUUCUUGA